AUGGACUACGUUCGCGACUUUCAUAUUUACGCUCUCGGCCUCUGGUGGAUGUACCAAGGCCUCAUGGCCCUCGACGACCCCAAAGAACAUCUCAGCACCCAAGGCAUCAAAUCCACGAAAUCAUCAGACGACUACAGCAACUUUGCACCAGUAUACAUGCUUGGAUUCAGAGAUUUUUCCAUGGGUAUCUUCAUUGUGGCUCAUCAUUACCACGACAACCUAACGGCCAUUUUGACCUUGAUCGGUAUCAUGGGCUUCAUCAAGAUUGGAGAUGCCAUUGUGGUCAUUGCUGCGGAGGAGGAAAGCACCAGGAAGAAGGCAGUUCAAAAUUUGGCCUGGGGUGUUGGACUCCUUGGGUGGCUUGUGUUUUUGGCGAAGAACUAA